AAAAGUUGAAUGGUAUUGAAAAUAGUGUUUUGACUCGUAUUUAAAGUUGUGAAUAUUAAUAUAAUAUUAUAUAAAAUGGUUUAAAUUGCAUAUAAAGAUAAUAAAAUGGUGAUGACCGUCAGUAAGCAUUACUGUUUGGUUUCUUAUAAUUUCUAGUGUAAAUCUUUUUACGGACACACAACUUUUUUUUCUUUAUUUAUUACAAAUAAUGAGUACUCCCGAUACGCAACUCAUAGAAAAGCUUAGACAGGAGAAUGUGGAGCAAUUUUUUAUAUUGGUGCGAAUGCAUUUAUCAUUUGUUGUAGAUAUCAACACCGACGAUGUCGACUGCUCGACUGAUAAGCCAAAACAAUUCCGUUGGAAUUUUAAUAAGAAAACAAAAACUUCGAGUGUAGCUUCUAGUCAAAACAACACAUUUACAUCAAAAAGUAUUUCAGAAACAAAUGCGAUUACUGAAGAAGGAAUAUCUAGGCUUAAUGAAUUGAUAGAUUUUCUGUCAAAACCUACAAAUGUAACACAAGAGGGUAUAUUCAGAAGAACUGGGUCAUUAAGUCGACAGCAAGAACUUCGACAGUUGCUUCAAGCUGGGUCUAACCUGGGUCUUGAUGAUGGAAAGUUCUCUGUCCAUGAUUGUGCAUCUGUGUUGAAGGGGUUCCUAGCCGAAUUACCACAGCCACUGCUUAUGGAUCAGUAUUACCAAACAUAUUGUACUCUGGCAGGUCAAUACCCUCCAAGCAUAGAUUCAUCGGAAGGCAAGCUACUUACAGCUCUUCAAUUGCUGCUCCUGCUCUUGACACCAACUCAUCGCAGCUUCCUUGAGAGACUUCUACAGUUAUUGACGCUUGUAGCAGACAAUGAAGCAAGCAAUAGAAUGUCACCCGAUACUCUUGCAACUAUGUUUACCCCACAUUUAUUAUGUCCAAGGAAGUUAUCUCCAGAAAACUUCCAUACUGAUUCAAUAGCACUGUCGCCAGUAAUAAGCUUCAUGAUUCGACAUUCGGCUCGGCUGUUCGACGCGCCAAACCAAUUAGUGACAGACGCUGCGGCGUAUUUCGCUCUGAGGGAGAGGAAACGGAUCAUGUCGCCGGAUAUCGAUUUAGAUGAGAGUAUAACGGAUAGGACAGCAGCAACUACAGUAUACACAUUUGUGGACCAGCAUCGAACCCGCGCUGAAAAUGAAACGAAUCCAACCGACACGGCCUUGGCUCAACUGUACGCACACAUCCAAGCAUUGCCCGACUCACAGCACAAGAGGCGGCUUGUUAAACAUUUUAAUAGACAGAAUGGCUAUGGCACUCCCAUUCAAAUUCAAAGGACAGGCAAGGCGGCUGCAUCUAAGAGUUUCGGCGACUCGAUCAAGAGGCACAUAUUCAACAAGGGAUUGUUAAAUAAAACGCCGAAGAAGGGUUCCUCGUCAGCUAUCAAUACUAUUGAAGAGAAAACAAAGACAAAAUUUAAAUACUCGGAUGACAGCAAAGAUGUUUCUCACAAGAGUAUAGUAUUGAAAAACUUGGCACAGAAAAUGGCGAGCACAGAAUCUCUAGACGAUGACUACGAGUCAGAUGCUAGUAAUAGCAGUACGCUAUCUGAGGGCGCCCUAAAUAAGUCAAAGAAAAUGAGUCCAAAAUUCGUGUCCGAACCAAAUCUAAGCGCGAUCGACGCAAAUGACGAAACACCGAAGAAUACAAAGAAACGAUCAAGAUUGUUUCGAUCGAAAGUAGUGUCUCAUAGUAAAAAGUAUCAAAAGCGUGCGAGCGCCAGAGCGUCUUGUGUUUCAUGUGUCGAUCACGAUUCGGAUAAUGAUGUAUUUGUAACAGAGACGCCAAGUAAAAAUGAGAACUAUGCCGAUGGGCUAGAGUUCAAAGUUCAUUUGACAAGUACGCCGGGUUUGUGCGAAGCGGUUUUUGAUGAUUCGACACCUUAUUCGGAGUUUCGUACGUCUAUGUCGCCCAUUACGCAGUCUACUCAAAAGUUGUCUAAGGCUAUGCAGGAGUCUAUAAUGACCCCUCGGUCCCGCAAGCCUCUGAUACUGACGUGCGAGCAGAGAGAGAGCAUACCUGAGAGUGAGAGGGACGACGUGUCAGACAUAUACCGCUCUCAGUCACUCUCGCCCAGGAACGACAGCGACUUCGUGUCCUCCGAGGAUGACGUCACACGCUCGUCUGGAGAUAGAUCAAACAGCUCCAAUACAUCUCUAAAUCCGGCUAGCAUCUGCCCUGUGCGGUAUCAGACAUCGAAAUGGUACACCAGCACAGAGAAACAUCUCGGUUUGAACACAACAUUGUGUGGUAUAGAUGAUCUACCACAGACCAACACACACAUACCUGAGGAACAGUCAUUAUCACAACCUUUUAAAGAUUAUCUACUGAGUAGAUCGGUCUUAACAGCUACACCUAUUGAUCUAUCUAUGUUAAAUAAAUCUAGUGACGAUGAACGAAUAUCUGAUUCAUUGCUAUAUUGUCUCGAUGGUAAUGUGCCAUCGGACCUAGCAUCGUCAAUCAGUAAUCUUGCUGUUGACUCGAGUGUGUCUCAAUUACGAUCUCCACUAAAAAGUAUUAAAAAUAUCGACCUCAGUCCAAGUAGAAAGAGAUGUGGCAGUACAACAGAUUUAGGUACGGAUAGCAAAAAAGUUAUUAUUGAAAAGGAGAAUUUGAAUGAAGCAUUUGAGUUGCGUGAGACUGACUUGUAGUAUAGUAUUUAUGUUUAUUAGGAGCAGUAUGUUUAUACUGUGAUAUGAAUAAUAAUUUACCAAACUAUAGAAUUUGCUAGGUUAGGUUUAAAAAUUAAUAAUUAUGUUACUCUAUUCUAUGCUCGUCUCUAGAGUAUUUUUCCAGUAAUUGUGCAUUCAUGCAAAGUUUGUAUUUUUUUUUCGGUUUCGUUUAUGUCUAAAUAUAUUCUAGACAGAAGAAAACUUGUUUUUGUGCUCUAGUGCACAAGUGAGCACGGCAAGUGUUUCUAUGGUCCUAUGUUACCGUGUCCCUAUGAACACGGCAACACAGCCGUCAAAAAACUGCCAAUAUCUACGUAUCGCUUGAUAAAAACACCAGAGAGUUUUUUUCACCGGGUGUAUUAUUAAUUGCUCUUGAUUCUAAGAGCCAUAAAACAAAGCGCAACGCUUUUGAAGACAAAAUAUAUUGGUAUUUAUUUGGCCUUAGCUGGCGGCGGCCAUUUUUGUGUAGCAUACAACGGUAACAUUAUUUUGUGAAUUUGUUUUUCAAGAAAUCAUUAUUUAACGUGUCCACUAUAGUAAAAAUAAUACAAAGAAUUCAACUGCAAUAUUUUUAUUUUGACGUAUUUAUCAAAAUAGUAAAUUUUUCGUACAAAUCUGAAAAAGCGGCGUCAUUCAAAGCACGAAUCUAUCACAAAUCACAUUUUUAUUUACAAUAACUACGGUUGUUUAUCUAGCAACUCCCAAACUUAAUGAUACCUCGAGUAUUAUAAACACAAGUGGGUAUCACGUUUCAAGUGGCCGCGCCGUGUUUGGCGCCAAAAUAGCUGAGCAAGUGGCUUCUGCGUGCGCGCGGGACGUGUUGGCAUACCAGAGGUUAAAUAUCUCAACAGUUCUAUAUAGCGAGUUACCAGUCUUCUUCAAAAUAGUAAAUAUGUAUAAAUAGUAUAAUGUUAUAUUACACUAUCUUAAUCAAUACUAAUAAAUUAUGAAUCUGUAGCCUGUGUCUGUUAUUAUAUUUCUUUUGUGAUAAAAUACGUUAUAUGACUGACUGACAUCAGUUUUAUGAUUAUUGAAAUAUUUGUCCUUUUAUAGCUCAAGAACAACUUGCACUAUCUGUCACGUGAUCGCCUUUAUAUGAUGGCUAUAUCGUUCCCUCGACUUUCUUAAAUUCGUAAUUAAAUAAUAAGUUUCAUUUAAAAACAAUUUCAUAAUUCAGUGCGUCUACACGGAAAUCGAUAAAUCACACUACAAUUUUUGACAAGUGAUUUUGAUUUGAUUUACAACUUUGCCUGUAAUGUACACAUUAUGGAACAAGUGAAUGGUUCUACGGGUGAUUUUUAAUGUGUUCUUAGUGAUAUUCUGUAACUCAAGUGCCUAGUAAAUAAUAAUAAUUUAAUACAGUAAGCUAACGACACGUCUUAACAGGAUGUUAAAAAUAAAAGUCCAACCGCCACGUUACACGACGGCGAAAGAAAGCUAUGGAACGAAAGAGAAAGAGUAUACGCAUCGAGCCGAGAGAAAGAGAUGGGAUAAUGGGUCUCGUGCGCUGUCGUUGCUUGAAUAUACAGGGUGAUCCAUGUAGAUUGGUCAGUAUGGGCGAGUAUACAAAGAUCUAAACAAUUUGUUAUUUUAAAGUGACAUCCCUCACUGCUGGCAUAUAUAUACAAACUAAAUUUGUAACCAAAAUUUAUAAACGCUGAGGGAAUCGAACGAAAUUUUGGUGUGUCUUGUUCAACUCUCAGGUUGUGGCUACAUCUACAGGAUCUACUUUACUCUACGAACGAUGCGUCACUCGAACGGUUGGCUCAGUUGGUAAGCGUAGCGCUCGGAUGGAAAUUAUUUUCUUAUUUAUUUUUAUUUAUUAUUUUAUUUUUAUUUCGACAUUGAUUGUGUAGGUCAUGAUCAGUAUUUAUGCUACUAUGAAAAUUAACAUCUAAAGUUAAUAAAACGUAUUGUUUUUCGUAUCCUAUUUAAUAGAAUUACUUACUAUGUUAUUACAAAAAAGUUCAACAAACAACUGUGUUAUUUAAAAAAAAUUAUACACAUAUCUGUGUCUUACUGUUGUUUAGAGUUCGACAAUCUUUAGACAUUGCUUAUAUUUAAACACGAGUCGAAACUUGUCUAAGGUGUGUCUAAUGAUAAGAUCAUAUUAAUAUGGAAGAUUUACAUUAUAUUAUGAUGACAGAUAGUCAGAUGGCAGUGGACACAAAUUGCGUUCCUUUCCUUUGAUUGUGCACUUCAGUUUUCUGUUGUGCUUAACGACGUUUUAGUUAAACACAAGUUAAACACUGUUUUGUAAUAGAAAAAGAUAAACUCCAUUUUAGACGUCGUUAUAGUUAGGUCAUUGUUUAACAAAACACAAAUUAAUAAAUUGAUUUUUUCUAAUAACACCGUUAAGGUUUAAAUAUAAUUUUUUAAAACUUCCUCCAUUGAUUUGUCAAUCGAAACCGGACUGACUACUGCUUUUUUUAAAUCUAUGAUACUGACCGAUCUAAAUGGGCCACCUGUAUAAAAGGCCACCGUAACAUUCCUAUUGUAUAUUAUAUAAAAGAAUACCAAAGAAGUUGAUUUCUAUUUUGAAGUCGAUAUGAGGUCGCUGUUACUAGGCAACACUAUUAAUACAAUCACUGCUAAUCUCCGAAAGUAAAAUCACUGCAAUACGUCUCUUCUUAUGUCUUACCGGUAGUGCGGACAACACGCCCUGUGCGUAAUUUUUGUGAUACAUUAAAUCAAAACCAAAAUUAGCGACCAAACAUAUCACAAUCAGAUGAUUUGCAGAGUUGAUUAUUGUUAUAAAAUUCAAUAACUGAAAUUUAUUCAAUCCUGGUAGAAAGACAGUCGUUGGCUAUCUGUGUGUACACAAAAAAUUGUGUAUUUUAUUUUAAUACAUUCACAAUUUUGUUAACAUGUUAAGAUUUGUUUACUCGUUGUAAAAAUGUUGUAUGUUUUAAAAUAGAUACUAUAUCGUUAGGUAUUGUAAUAAAUGAUACUGUAUACUUA